GCCAAAAUAACACCCACAACGAACCUGAACAGGCCCAGAAUUAGAAAGCAAAGCCUUUCUUUCACGCGCACACCCUCUCUUCUUCCAUUCCUUCUCCCGAUCUUUCCUUCUUCUUUCCCUCUCUCUCUCUCUCUCGCUUACUCGCGCGUUCUUUCCCUGUUCUUGGUUUGAUCUCUGCGAGGGAGCUGGAGGAGGAGGAGGAGACGGGACGGCGGAAGCCUUAGCGGAGGAUGCGAUCGGAUGAAGAGGAGGGGGACGAGGAGGUGGAGAAGAGAGGAAGGAGUUGCGCCGGCUCAGGCUCCGGCGGUCACUGAUGGCUCUGCAGAUGUCCUGGCAGCAGCCGAAUCAGCAACGCCGGAAGGCUCCACUUGGGCUUAAGAAUCUCGGCAACUCCUGUUACCUCAAUAGCGUCCUACAGUGCCUUUGUUACACACCUCCGUUAGGGCAGUUCUGUCUCUCUUCUCAGCAUUCAUCUCGUUGUAAGAACUGGGCUGUUGGUGGGGAAAAGGAGUGCCCUUUUUGCAUCUUGGAGCGGCAGAUCACGCGGUGCCUGAGCUUUGAGGGGCCAAGCGAAGCCCCCUCUAAGAUCCACAAGUGUCUUACCCUCUUUGCUGAUUCCUUUCGCUGGGGCCGCCAGGAAGACGCCCAUGAGUUCCUCCGUUAUGUUAUUGACGCUUGCCACAACUCAUGCUUGAAGCUUCUCACCAAAUCGGUGCCUGGAAAGGAGAAUGCAUGUCCCGUGGGCUCUGGAGCAAACACUGUGAUGAAGGAGAUUUUUGGUGGAGCGUUGCUUAGCCAGGUGAAAUGCCUUUCCUGCAAGGGGGAGUCUAACAAGACCGAUGAGAUGAUGGAUGUCAGCCUUGACCUUUUUCAGUGCUCCUCUCUCAAUGAUGCCCUCGGCCGAUUCUUCCAAUCUGAGGUUCUUGAUGGAAACAAUAAGUACAGCUGUAGCAAUUGCAAGAAGCUUACAGUGGCCAGGAAGCAGAUGUUUAUACUCCGUGCUCCCAAUGUUCUUGUUAUUCAGCUUAAGAGAUUUGAAGCUAUAAAUGGUGGGAAGAUCAACAGGAAUAUUGACUUUCAAGAGGGGUUGGUACUUUCAAGAUUUAUGUCUACUCGAAGUCAGGAUCCACAACCUGAGUAUAAUCUUUUUGGCAGCAUUGUGCAUUCAGGUUAUUCACGCGAGUCUGGACAUUAUUAUGCAUAUGUCAAGGAUGCUUCAGGUCGCUGGUAUUGCUGCAAUGAUACUUAUGUUUCACCCUCAAGCUCACAGGAAGUUUUGUCAGAGAAGGUUUACAUACUUUUCUACAUACGUAGUAACCAAAACCCAAUUUCUGGUAAACCUAGUUUAUCAAGCAGUGCUGGGAAGUCGUCUGAUUGCAAUCGAAAUGAUUUACCUCCAUGCCUGAAGACUACAGUGCAGAAGCCGAAUGAAAUUUCCAAAUCAGCUAUAAAACAGAAUGGUGGCUUUCCUGUGAAGGCUGUUUCAACCUUUGUAAAGACUAGUAAACAGCCUCCAACUCCAAGUACACAAAGCAAGAUUUCUAGCUUGAAUAAUUUUGAGACAAAAAGUGCUGCUGCAAAUGGAAAUGGCAACCACAUUCAUCUUAGUGGGCCUAAUGGAAGGUCUAAUGUUCUCGAAGAAGCACGCACUGACAAAAAGAAAAAAGUUCAACCUGUAGGCUGCGGUGUGGAUGAAUCUAGAAUAGUGCAAAGGACAAAGAACCUAAAUGGUAUUAAUGGGAGUGUUUCAUCUAGUGUGGUAGACCAUAGUAAACAGCUGACAUCAUCAGGCUCAAAUGGCACUUUAACAAAGGAUCAGGUUAAGUUAAAAGAAUAUGACACCAACAGAACUCAUACUAUGGUUAUUUCAAGAGGUGAAAAUGAGAGUGAGCAUGCAUCUUCCAACAUGGUUGGCACAUGCAAUGCUGGUAUGAAGAGAAAAUUAUACAAUGAGGAAAGGUCUGACACCUCAUUGCAACCUAGCGAGAAGUCUUGCAAUUUGACGGGGAAAAAUAGCCAAUUGCAAAACUCAUACCCCAAUAAGCAUUCUCCUGAGGAACUUGAGAAACUAAAAGAAGUGCUUGCUGGAGGGGUUCGUGCAGAUUUGCAAUCCUGUGGUUGGGUGGAUAAAGUAGAUGCUUUCAUGAGCGCCAGAAAAAAGUUAUGUAGAUCAACAAUGGGCAACCUUUGUAGUGAUAACGAAUUAAGGGAACGGUUGAUCAAGGAUGCCAAGAGGGACUUUAUUCCUCAAAUUCCAGAAUCACUAAAAGAGCUCCUCAUUGGGCGGGUAACAAACUUCUUUUUUAAAGGAACCUUCUCAUCCAAAGAUGAAGGCUGAGCUGCCAAGAAUGGCUUCUUGCGCUGCUGUUAUGAUGCAUUCUGCAUCUUGAUUUUGCAAGUUCAGAAGGCACAUUUCUCUAGUUUACAAGAAAGGCUAACGGCCCUAGUUUCAGUGGAAGUUUGACACCGUACCAAAUUGGCAUUCAGGGAUCUUCUGCUGCUAUUCAAAUUUUGCGGGUUGGUGUUGAAAUGUAGAUUUUUUUGGUCAGUUGAAUGAGAAUUUACAUUUCGGAGGCUCAUACAUAUACCUUGUAGUGGAGAUUGAUUUUCGGAGUUAUACCCAUGUAAGAUAUCCAUUUUGUUCAUUCUGGUGAUCAUCAAAUCAUGGAAAUUUGUAAUUUUUAUAACAUCGGGUAUUAUAUUCAAUAGCAGAUAUGAUAGUUGAGUUACUUAAACCCAUCUUUACCAAUGCCUGAUAUUAUGAUUUUUCGA